CACCCUGAAACAGUGGGAGGUGUGAUGACCAAAGGACACCUGUGUGGGACCCAGCAGGUCUGCCUGCACUGGGGCACAGGGAGCCCUGUUUACUGUCUGGGCUCUGCAGUGUUCAGGCUGAGAGCAAUGCUAAAGACAAAAAAGCAACUCAACAACACAAACCAAAACUGAAAAAUAUUUAAGAAAGAACCCUCACAUGAAGAGAAAUAAUUUCGAUGGGAUUCCAAAUAAAAUACAAAGGACUGACUCAAAGAAGUUUUUCCCAGCUUGUCAAUGUCUUCUUUCAAAAGUGCUUGAUGCCCAGAGUGAAGAAAUGUCCAACAGCAGCUCCAUCAACCACUUCCUCCUGCUGCCAUUGGCAGACACGCGGCAGCUGCAGCUCCUGCACUUCUGCCUCUUCCUCGGCAUCUCCCUGGCUGCCCUCCUGGGCAACGGCCUCAUCAUCAGCGCCGUAGCCUGCGGCCACCACCUGCACACGCCCAUGUUCUUCUUCCUGCUCAACCUGGCCCUCAGCGACCUGGGCUCCAUCUGCACCACUGUCCCCAAAGCCAUGCACAAUUCCCUCUGGGACACCAGGGACAUCUCCUACUCAGGAUGUGCUGCACAGGUGUUUCUGUUUCUUUUCUUUAUCUCAGCAGAGUACUAUCUCCUGACCAUCAUGUGCUACGACCGCUACGUGUCCAUCUGCAAACCCCUGCACUACGGGACCCUCCUGAGCAGCAGAGCUUGUGCCCACAUGGCAGCAGCUGCCUGGGCCAGUGGCUUUCUCACUGCUCUGCUGCACACAGCCAAUACAUUUUCCCUGCCCCUGUGCCAGGGCAAUGCCCUGGGCCAGUUCUUCUGUGAAAUCCCUCAGAUCCUCAAGCUCUCCUGCUCCAAAUGCUACCGCAGGGAACUCGGGCUCAUUGUACUAAAUGCUCUUCUAUAUUUUGGCUGUUUUGUAUUCAUGGUUUUCUCCUAUGUGCAGAUCUUCAGGGCUGUGCUGAGGAUCCCCUCUGAGCAGGGACGGCACAAAGCCUUUUCCACCUGCCUACCUCACCUGGCCGUGGUCACCCUGUUUGUCAGCACCUCAUUUUUUGCCUACCUGAAGCCACCCUCCAUGUCUUUCCCAUCUCUGGAUCUGGCAGUGUCAGUUCUGUACUCAGUGGUGCCUCCAGCCCUGAACCCCCUCAUCUACAGCCUGAGGAACCAGGAGCUCAAGGCUGCAGUGUGGACACUGAUGACUGGAUGGUUUCAGAAACAUUAAACUGCUGGC